AUUAGCAUAACAGACACGAGUACCAUAAUUGUAUUUGUGAACGACACUGUGACCGGAGAUCCACUGAUGACUGUUCCCGUCGCUUUCCCCGAUACCUCCACUCUCUGCUAUGAGGUCCACGGAGAAUCCGACAAGUUCUUCAACCUCAUCAGCGAUAACAUGCGUAUCGGUCAAUGCCACUACGCCAGAUCUGGCAUCAACAACCCCAACAUUACUCUAAACGUCAUCGACGCCGUGGGGUAUUAGAGCCGUUCUAACAAUGGGUCCUGUUGUAACAUUGGAGUUGACCUGGAAGGGUGCACGGCAAGCAU